UUGUCCAUGGCCGGCCGGGCUUGGCCAGGCAGCACCCGGGGUCCUGCACCCCCGGGGCCCUGCACCCCCGGGAUGCAGGCUCCGGGACGGCGAAGGAAGAACAUAACAGAGUUCCUGGGGGACACCAGCAUCCCCAGCCCCGAGCCAGCUCUGCACGGCAGCAGCUCUCUGCCCACCAAUGGCACUGACACCUGGAAGAACCGCGCUGCCAGCCGCUUCAGUGGCUUCUUCGGCUCCGGGACUAGCACGGGCUCCUUCGGGCGGGAGACCGAGAAACUGGAGCAGCUGGUGAACAGGCUGCACGCUUACAGCACCUUCGGGCUGCCCAAGCUGCCGCCCCAGCUCUGCUUUGACCGUGACUCCUGGGAGGAGGAUGGGGACGAGGCUGGGCUGACACUGGAAGACAGCUGGCAGCAGAUCAUUCAGGGCACAGAGGUUCUGUCACGCCGGCAGUGCCACCAGCAGGAAGCCAUCUGGGAGCUGCUGCACACAGAGGCCACCUACAUCCGGAACCUCAAAGUCAUCACUGAUCUUUUCCUCUCCUGCCUGGUGAACCUGCAGGAGUCAGGGCUGCUCUGUGAGGUGGAUGCUGAGCGGCUCUUCAGCAACAUUGGGGAGAUCAUCCGGCUGCACUGCAAGCUGUGGCGCAGUGUCAUGGCCUCAGUGCUGGCCAAGGCACGACGGACUGGGGCACUGCUUGACCCCAUUGACUUCUUUGAUGGCUUCAAGAUGUUCGGGUCCCUCUUCAAGCCCUAUGUGCGGUAUUGCAUGGAGGAGGAGGGCUGCAUGGAGUACAUGCGAGCCCUGCUGCGGGACAGCGAGCUCUUCCGCACCUAUGUGACGUGGGCCGAGAAGCAGGAGCAGUGCAGCCGCCUGAAGCUGAGUGACAUGCUGGUGAAACCUCACCAGCGCCUCACCAAGUACCCGCUGCUCCUCAAGUCUAUCCUGAAAAAGACGGAUGACCCACGCGCCCGUGAUGCCAUCACUGCCAUGAUCAGCUCUGUGGAGCGCUUCAUCAACGACGUCAACUCGCGGAUGCGCCAGCGGCAGGAGCGGCAGCGCCUGGACGCCAUCCUCAGCCGGAUUGAUGCCUACGAGGUGGUAGAGGGCAGCACAGACGAGGUGGACAAGCUGCUUAAGGAGUUCCUGCGGCUGGACCUGACGGCUCCCAUCCCUGGCACCUCCCCAGAGGACACCCGGCAGCUCCUCCUCGAGGGCAGCCUGAGGAUGCGGGAAGGUAAAGACAGCAAGAUGGAUGUCUACUGCUUCCUCUUCACCGACCUCUUCCUCAUCACCAAGCCCUUCAAGAAGGCUGAGCGCACCAAGGUGAUCCGGCAGCCCUUGCUGGUGGACAGAGUGGUUUGUCGGGAGCUCAGAGACCCAGGCUCCUUCCUCCUCAUCUACCUGAACGAGCUGGGGAGUGCUGUUGCCGCCUACACCUUCCAGACCAACGGGCAGUUGUGCCGCAGCUGGGUCGAGGCAGUGCGCAAUGCCCAGAACCUGCUGCAGCGGCUGCGACAGCGCCGGCGCAUGGAGGAGCAGGAAGAGGAGGAUGAGGAGGAUGAGGAGGAUGACGGUGAGAGUGGCACCUCAGCUGCCAGUUCACCUACCAUCCUGCACCACAGCAGCACCAGCCCGGACUCACAGCAGUGCCCAUCCGACGGUUCCACCGAGACGCUUGCCAUGGUGACAGCAGACGGUGGCGACGAGCUCUCCUCCCCAGACUGGGACACAGGACCCUUCAGCUCAACCUCAGAUGGCUCCUCUGUCAGCACCAGCACCUCCAUCAGCACUGGCACCUCUGCUGAGACCCCCACCUCUGUGGAGACCCCAACCCAGGAGCUGCCUGCAGGCGCCCUGCCUGUUCCUCUGCCCCAUGGCACGGCCUCCCCAGGCAGCGGCUGCCGCUCGUCCUCCAUCGACAGCGCCUACGGCACGCUCUCACCUGCCUCCCUGCGGGACUUCGGCCAGCAGCCAGAGGGGACGGCCGAGGAGGGGCAGGGGCCCUCCCUGGCCCCUCCAGCUCCACGGCCUGCCUCUCCCCGGCUGCGCCGCCGGACA